AUGGCGGACGCGCGAUGUUUAAUUAGCUUUUAACACAUGACUGUUUUAGCAAGAUUUUAAAAUUCUUUUAUCAGAUUAUUGGCGUAGAUGCGGCCUUUUCUGAUGGAGGGAGUUCGCUGGGCGUUUAAAUCAGAGGCUUGGAAGCCCACAAAACAGGAAUGGCUGAGAGGAUUGUCUUGUGUUCAGUCUGAAGAGAAGGAAAGGGUUCAGAAAUUUGUAUUCAAGAAAGAUGCCAAGUCAUCACUGAUUGGAAGGCUGUUACUUAGAAAAGUUAUCACAGAAAUGCUAAAUAUUCCAUAUGAUGAAAUAAAUUUGGAGAGAACAGAUAAAGGAAAGCCAUACCUGGUGAAUGAAGUUGAAAAUUCCAGAGAAAAAAGUUUUAGCUUCAAUGUUUCUCAUCAGGGAGAUUAUACAGUACUUGCUGCAGAACCACAUAGACAAGUGGGAGUUGAUGUUAUGAAGACAACCUAUCCAGGGGGUACAGAUGUGCCAAAGUUCUUCCAUAUCAUGCGGAAACAGUUCACUCCUUUUGAAUGGACAACUGUCAAGAAUCAAUCCAGUGAAUGGAAACAGCUACAAAUGUUCUACAGAUUCUGGUGUCUCAAAGAAAGUUUUGUCAAGGCUGUUGGAGUUGGCAUUGGUCAUGACCUUCAAGCCAUAGAAUUCAAGUUAAAAACCCAAGAACUGUCAAAAGAGAGUGUCACUUGUGAUAGCUGUCUUCGCCUGAAUGGAAGCAAAAACAAAGAAUGGAGUUUUGAAGAGACAAAGCUGGAUGAUUUACACCAAAUAGCUGUAGCACUGGGUCCAUUACCUACAGAUGUUGAAACCAUUCCUCCUCAGCAGCGAUCUUCACCCAUCCCGUUCAAGUUUCUUUCCUUUGAUGAAAUAAUCUCGUCUGCAAACCCGCUAAGACCCGUCGAGGAGGAAAGCUGGGAAUCGUUCAAGACAAAAAGAGAAAGUCCAGCAAGAUAAGCAAAACUAUUCUUAAAAAUUGUUGGGGAUAAAAUAUUGAAUAGAAUAUCACUGACACAAUGGUUAUACUAAAUAUUUUAUUUAAUGACCAUGACCAGGAGAAUAUUCUCUUGCCAUGAUUACAACAGACUAAUACUGAUUUACAACAUGUCGUAACUAGAAAUGGCUUCCUAUAAGAAUGGAUUUAUUUUUUUAUGAGUGGCAAACAUACGGUACUAACAUACAAACAUACGGUACAGCACGUACACGUACGUACAUGCUAUGACAAUUUUUCCUGCACAAACGAAAAGUGUCAUUUUUUCAGUCCUAUCUAUUUGCAAUAAUAUAGUUUUUAAAUGAAUAAUAAACCAAAAUAUUAAUUAAUCUGAA